GGUCCUGUGUGGGUGGAAAUGGCAACAGUCCAAAGCACACAAGAUAAGUAAAUCGAAGCUUUCUAACUACCUUACUAUUGUGUGAUAUGAAGCUACAAUAAAUCCUUACUUCAUUGAUUUGAAAUGUUUAUGUACAUUUAUUACACACACACAUUCGAACCAAGGGUCAGUGUAGUUCUUUUUAACCAAUGACCAGUACUUCCAUUUUUGUGUAUGUAUUUGUAGGGAGACAUAAAUCAAUGAGUCAUAAAACAUUAACCAGCAGUGGGGUGCCUGGACGUGGUUGAGCUACAGAUCUGUCCAGGAGCUACAUCGCUUAAAAUUAUCACUAGUCCAAACGUGGGUUUGGUCAACGUGGAGAAUAUGAAGCUCCAUCCUUCACUGCUGAUGCUUCUCUGUUUAUUCAGACGUGGGCUGGUGGGUGAAGUCAGUUCAGUGCCUCCUGAGAACACUACACUGGUCGGCAAUGACACCAAUACUCUACACCAGGCUACUGAGGAUUGCAACUUCAUUCUGGAGACUCAGCAGGCAGUUGGUGGUGCAAUAGCUAAACUGGGGCUAAAGCUACUGGAGCAUGUGCAGCCUGGGCCUGAACAACCAAAUGUCGUCCUGUCUCCGCUGAGUAUUUCUCUUGCACUUUCACAAUUAGCUUUGGGUGCCAGGACUGAGACAGAGGAGCAACUUUUAAAAGCUUUACAUGCAGAUUCGUUAACAGACUAUUAUAAAACUUUAAGCUGCCUCCAAGAACAACUGAUUGUCAAAGCCAUUAAAGUGGCUUCUCGUAUCUACCUCAAACCAGGCUUCGACCUGAAGAAGGACUUCCUGGAAAGAUCCCGUCAGCUGUUUAGAUCCGCACCCACACCACUCACUUCUGUAGAAGAAGUUAAUCACUGGGUCGAGGAGGCCACAGAUGAUCAGAUCAAGAACUUUUUGUCUGUUCUUCCACCUAACGUGGUCUUGAUGCUGAUAAACGCUGUUCAUUUUAAAGGGGAGUGGAAGUCUCGCUUUGACACGCGCUUUACCACUAAGGAUCUUUUCUACAUUGACAGACAGACCGCUGUAAAGGUGGACAUGAUGAUUGGAUCCAAAUAUCCUCUCAGCAUGUUUGUGGAUAUAGACCAAGGCAUACAGGUCGCUCGAUUCCCUUUUCAAGGGAAUGUAAGCUUCCUGGUUGUCAUGCCCAUGCCGUCCCAGGACUUGUCAAGAGCAGCUGCCAAUCUCAACAUCUCAGAUCUGUAUGAACGUCUUCCAAAUGAGAAGCCAAUGCUUGUCAAACUGCCCAAAUUCAAACUGGAAUAUAAACAGGAUUUGCAACAAGCACUCACAAGCAUGGGUUUGGGGACACUGUUCUCUGGGCCUGAUCUAUCCGGUAUCGCAGCAGGCCCUCUUGUAGUCUCCGGUGUGCAGCAUGCCUCCAGCAUCGAGCUCAAUGAGGAGGGAGCUGAGGCCUCAGCUGCUACAUCGGUCACUCUGGUGCGCACUAUCCCCAUUUUCGCAGUCAACAUGCCAUUCAUCUUUGUCAUCGUGGAUGACGUUUCACACACACCUCUCUUCCUGGGCGUGGUCACAAACCCGGAACCCGGAGCGACAGCCGAAUUAAGCGAUGACCCAGAAAUCUUAGGUAGUUUAAGCAACAACAUGCCGAAGGAUAAGCCACAGAAUGAUGACCCAUACUGGGAUAACAUGCUGCAUGUCGAGUCUCAGUGAACAAGGAAGCAAUUGGGGGGAGUAUGGCCUGAGAGGAGCACAGAAACACAUGGGCCUCUCCGAGUCACACACUCUACCUACACAUGCACGUUUUUAUGAUAUGAUCAGCCAUAAUGCCACAGGACUUGAGUUAAAACCUAGCUAGAUAUUUCAACUAGCUAAUGACUUUACACUGUUUUGUAUUCCGUUUGUAAUGAAAUGUCAAUCCUAUAUUCAAUCUUUUUUUUUUGGCUUCUUUUUUGUGUUUUUUCUUUCUUUUUUUUGUCAAAACAAACGGCAUGUUGUCAGGAGGUUGAGGUGAUGUAGAGUUUUCUUCUUCUCUGGUCAGAAAGUGAAACGUAAAACUGUUGCAAUUCUAACGUCAUUUGUAACAAAAUGUGUUCUGAUAUUGUAUCUCUGUAAAUUACAAUAUUAUGGUGAAAGUAAAAAAAAU